CAUGGUUGUAGAUUUUGUCGAUUUUAUGUGACAUCAUGUUAUAUCUCAAUUAACUCAACACCAAACAAGAGAAAGAGAAGUUGAUUUUGCAUGUGUAUUCUCACAAACAAUAUUUCAGUGAAAGAUUUGUGGUAUUUCGUGAUUUGAUGAAUGAAAUACAUCUUUUCGAAAAUCCAUUUAAGCCUGAUGUGUCCUGACAAAACUGCUACUGGAACUGAUUGACUUACAAAGCCAGACAUCCCUGCUUGACAAUUUUCAAGUGAUUCAGACAUUUGAUUUCUAUGCUGUGUUGCAGAAACUUUUUCAAAUCUCAAAAAACCAGCUUAAGGGAAAUAAACAAUUUUUAAUAGCACUUAUUUGUUUGAACAAACUUUCCCAGUGAUAAAACCUAAUCACCUAACAUGCAAACAUCUAGAUUCAAUGCUCCGACUUGGUUUCAUCUAUGCAGCUUCAUAUUCAGAAGGUGGUUUGGGAUAAACUCCAAUUUCACAUUAUUUAUUGUGGUGGUAGUGGCAUUGGAAAAGCUGUUUGCUCUGUUCUUGCUAGAGAAGGGGCCAGAGUGGCUGUAACAGACAUAAACAAGUCAAGUGCUCAAGAAACAGUUCUAUCUUUACCAAAUUCUUCUCUGCAUGAAGCCUUUGAAAUAAAUGUAUCAUCAUCUACAGAAGUAACAAAUCUGCUAGAGAAUAUAGAAAAGAGAUUUAAAUCUGUCCCCUGUAUUGCUGUACAUGCUGCUGGUAUUACCAGAGACAACUUUCUACUUAAAUUAGAUGAACAAAGUUUUGAUGAAGUUAUCAAUGUUAAUUUAAAAGGAACAUUUCUAAUAAAUCAAGCAGUUGGACGAGCUAUGCAAAAAGCCAGAAUAGAAAAUGGAUCUAUUGUGAAUAUAUCAAGUAUUGUUGGAAAGAAUGGAAAUGUUGCUCAGACGAACUAUGCUGCCUCUAAAGCAGGUGUCAUUGGGUUUACAAAAUCAGCUGCCAAAGAAUUAGCCAGAUAUAACAUUCGUGUCAAUGCCAUUCUACCUGGAUUUAUUGAAACACCUAUGACAGAGAAAGUACCAGAAAAUAUAAUGCAGAUGAUAACAGCUUUGAUUCCAUUAAAAAGAACUGGACAACCUCAAGAAAUAGCUGAAGUCUGUGCUUUCUUGGUAUCACCAAAAAGUAGUUAUAUCACUGGCGAAGCAAUUGAAGUCACUGGAGGAUUAAACUUUUAAAUCUUGAUGACAAUAUCAGGGCAUACUAAACAGUUUAGUCAAAAGUAUGCUGUGUCUGUGUUUUGGAUGUAAAAAGACUAUCUACAUAUGUUUUGCUAAGGUUUUAAUGUAUUUAAAAAAUUAAAUUAUAUUUUUUUUUCUACUUACGAUAAGAAUUGCCUUUAUUUUAAGAAAAUGCUAUUAGUCCUAUCUUAGUUUUUAUUGAAAAUAACAUACUGGUAUGUGAUAUAUUUUAAUAUAAUGCAAGUUAUGUGUAUUGUAAGUGUUUUAGAAAAAUAAAAAAAAGUAUGUUCUAAAUUUCCAACUUCAAAGAAAAUACUUCAACUAUUACUUGACAUUCUUGUAAUACAUUAAACUGUGAUCUGAAGUACUCUUCUCACUACUAUCUGUUAUACAGGUUUAGGUCUAGUUAAUGCUACACACCAAGCUCUGUUAUACAGGUUUAUGUCUAGUUAAUGCUACACACCAAGCUCUGUUAUACAGGUUUAGGUCUAGUUAAUGCUACACACCAAGCUCUGUUAUACAGGUUUAGGUCUAGUUAAUACUACACACCAAGCUCUGUUAUACAGGUUUAGGUCUAGUUAAUGCUACACACCAAGCUCUGUUAUACAGGUUUAGGUCUAGUUAAUACUACACACCAAGCUCUGUUAUACAGGUUUAGGUCUAGUUAAUGCUACACACCAAGCUCUGUUAUUCAGGCUUAGGUCUAGUUAAUGCUACACACCAAGCUCUGUUAUACAGAUUUAGGUCUAGUUAUUACUACACACCUAGCUCGUCAGAAUAAGCUGUACUUUUUUUGCUUGGUUUUACAUGAAGGUAUUUGUUACUUGAAAUUAAAAUCAUUAAAAUCUAAAGGAUGUUUGAAAAGCUUUUAAAAUGUACAUAAAUAAGGUUACAAACAGUUUGUGUUGAAACACAAACUGAAAAUCAGCCCCCGAAGUGGUCCACCCAGGCAGGUAAAAAGGCAGAAUGAAAUUCUAUCUAAGAUAAUUGACAGAAAAUAAUGGAGAAAAAAAGGUUCACAGAUCUUGUGUGGUGCCCCAGCGGUCCAGCAGACCAAAGGAUAGAUGAAAGUGAAUGUGAAUUUAGAUGUGAACCUGGCCUAACUGAUGUCUUAUAAUGUAUAUCUAAUUGAUCUAAUUGUUUUGUUAAGGGCCAAUCUUAUUUUUCCUCAAGAAUAAAACAUUUCCGUUGAAAAAAAAA